AUGGCUCCAGUGUUAGCUGUGCCCAAUGGGACGGAUAGCUAUACGGUUUAUACCGAUGCUUCGAGAGAGGGGUUAGGGUGUGUUUUGAUGCAAAAUAGGAAUGUGAUUGCCUACGCAUCUCGGAAGUUAAAGUCUCAUGAGCAAAAUUAUCCAACCCAUGACUUGGAACUUGCAGCUGUCGUGUUUGCUUUGAAAAAAUGGCGGCACUAUUUAUACGGGGUGACAUUUGAGAUCUAUACGGAUCAUAAGAGCCUUAAGUAUCUAUUUUCUCAGAAGAAGCUAGACCUAAGGCAACGUCGGUGGGUGGAGUUCUUAGAAGACUAUGAUUGUAGUGCUAAAAUGUACCAGGAUCUCAAAAGUCUGUAUUGGUGGGAUAAUAUGAAUGCAGAGAUUGCUCAGUUUGUGCAAAAAUGUCUUAUGUGCCAACAAGUGAAAGCUGACCAUCAAAAACCGUCAGGUCUAUUACAGCCUUUAGAGAUCCCUGAAUGGAAGUGGGAGCAUAUAACGAUGGAUUUCGUAUCGGGUUACCAAGAACUCAAAAAGUAUCGAUCUCCAAUCCAUUGGGAUGAAGCAGGGGAGAGGAAGAUUAUUGAUUCGGCUACAAUACUGUGGGUUGAGGAAGCCUACGAAAGGGUAAAGGUGAUUCGUCAGAGGCUUCAAACAGCCCAAAGCCGACAAAAGAGUUAUGCCAAUCAUCCGAGGAAGGAUUUGGAAUUUGAGAUAAGAGAUAAAGUGUUUCUUAGGAUUACUCCCUUGAAAGGAAAGAUUAAGGCAGGAAAAGGGAAAAAGUUACAACCGAGAUAUAUAGGACCUUUUAAUAUACUCCAGCGGAUAGGGAAGGUGGCUUAUCGACUAGAGCUACCAGCUAGCUUGUCUCGGAUUCAUGAUGUGUUUCAUGUUUCUUUGCUUAAGAAAUACCAUCCGGAUCCAACUCAUAUUUUGCCAUCAGAAGAUAUUGAACUCGACGAGUCGUUAACCUAUGAGGAACGACCCAUUCGAAUUCUGGACAAGAAGGUGAAGGACUUGAGGAACAAGCAGAUUCCACUAGUGAAGGUUCUAUGGAAACACCAUGAAGUGGAGGAAGCCACCUGGGAGCUAGAGAAGGAUAUGCGAGAGAAGUAUCCAGACCUAUUUACAGCUCAAGAUAAGUGCUCAGUGCAGGAGCGCCGUGUCUUAUGGCAUACCUUAUUAAAUGAUAAGCCAAUUUCUCUUCCUUGGUGCAUUGGGGGUGAUUUUAAUGUUAUAUUAGCACCUCAUGAAAAACGAGGGGGACGUCCAUUUGUUAUAGCGGAGGGGAUGGAAUUCAUGUCUUUUAUGGAAGAUGCCGGAGUUUUUGACGUAGGAUUUUCAGGAGCUAGCUUCACAUGGUCUAACAAUCGGAGAGGAAGAGCUCGGGUUUCAAAGAGGUUGGAUAGGUUUUUAGUCAAUGGGGCUUGUUUGGAUCUCUCAAACGCAAUUUCUGUGCUUCACCUGGCAAGACAUCCUUCAGAUCAUGCACCGUUGAAAAUUUCAUUUAAGGAGAGAUCAGAUCAUACGCCACGGCCUUUCAGAUUUUUGAACGUCUGGACAACCAAAUCUGAACUCUUGGAGGUAAUUCGAUAUGCUUGGAAUCAAGAUGUGUCUGGUUCUCCAUUGCGUGUUUUGAGCUCUAAACUUUUGGCAACGAGGAGGGCUAUUCAAACUUGGAACAAGCAACACUUUGGGAAUGUAUUUGAUGCUGUUCGUUCUGCAGAAAUGGGGGUCCAACGCGCAGAGGAAGCUAUGGAUCAAUAUGCAUCGGAGGAAUGUCAGGUUGAGCUUAGCAAGGCUCAGGCGGAGUUGCGGCAUGCAUUGUCAAUUGAAGAGCAAUUUUGGAGCCAAAAAGCCAGGGUCAAAUGGCUUAAACACGGAGAUCGUAAUUCAAGGUAUUUUCAUGCGGUAGUAAGACAGAGACGGGCUCAAGGAAUGAUACACCGCAUCAAAAAGUCAAACGGUGUUUGGGUGGACAAGAAUGAUGAUAUAGCAACUGAGGCAAUAACAUAUUUUUCUGACCUAUUCACGUGUUCUUUAGAGUCAUCUUCCGAUUUGCGGCACCUAAUUCCAUCCAUAAUCUCGGAAGAGGACAAUGAAAAAUUGGAAGAGGUUCCUUCGAUUGAAGAAGUCUAUCGAGUCGUGAGAUCAAUGGAUGGGGACAGUGCUGCUGGCCCAGAUGGUUUCACAGGCAAAUUUUUAACAUUUGCCUGGGAAGUUGUUGCCCAAGAUGUAUAUAAUGCAAUACUCAGCUUUUUCUGUGGGGCAGAGUUGCCUCGAUUCAUCACAUCUACCUCCAUUGUGUUAAUUCCGAAGAUGCCAAAUCCCCAGGAUUUUUCUCAAUUUAGGCCCAUCAGUCUGUGUAACUUCUUCAACAAAUUAUUAUCCAGGAUCUUAGCUGAUAGAAUUGCUUAUGUACUGCCCAAAAUUAUUUCACCCCAGCAGACAGGCUUUGUGAAGGGGCGCAAUAUAACAGAUAAUUUUCUGCUAGCUCAGGAGAUAGUUUCGGGUAUUGGGAAAAAGAAUAGAGGAGGCAAUGUGGUAAUGAAGCUUGACAUGUCUAAAGCUUAUGACCGGGUGGCAUGGGAUCAUAUUAUUGAUGUUCUCAGGAGGUUUGGCUUCGGAGAAAUAUUUAUUGAUUUAGUAUGGCGAUUGAUCUCUAAUGUCUGGUUUUCGGUCAUUUUAAAUGGGGCAUCUCAUGGUUUUUUUAAAUCUACGAGAGGCCUCCGUCAGGGUGAUCCUUUAUCGCCUGCUUUAUUCAUUAUAGGGGCUGAGGUGUUAUCUAGAGGAUUGAAUAACCUUGCCAUGCAAUCGGGUUUUGUGGGAUUCAAAGUCCCGUAUGCAUGUCCUACUAUAACUCAUUUGGCGUUUGCGGAUGAUGUUCUCAUAUUUGCAAACGGAUCCUCUUAUUCUCUAAAGGUUAUCAUGCAGGUGCUAGAGGCGUAUCAAAGGUGUUCGGGUCAGCUAAUAAAUGUGCUAAAAACUUGUUACCUGGUUCAUCCAUCUUUACCACCGGCAAGACGAAGGGUGAUUGAACGUAUCACCAAGUUUUCCUGGCAACCAUUUCCAAUUCGGUAUUUGGGUUGCCCCCUUUACUUUGGGAGAUGCAAAUCAUCAUAUUUUGGAGAAGCGUGUCAGUCUAUUCUAGGGAGAAUUAUAUCAUGGAAAUCAAGGAUGCUUUCCUUUGGAGGUAAGAUAGUUCUAAUCAAACAUGUCUUGGCAUCGAUGCCAGUACAUCUGAUGUCGGCUGCGGUUAUCCCGAGUAAGGUAUUUAGAACUAUAGAAAAGGCUUUCUCGACCUUCAUAUGGAGCUCAUCACCCGAGGAGUCGAAAUUUCACUGGAUACGUUGGACCCAUAUGUGCUAUCCGAUAGAGGAGGGAGGAGUUGGAUUUCGGAAGCUUCAAGACAUCUAUACAGCUUUCUCAUUCAAACUUUGGUGGAAUUUUAGAAAGGGUUUGUCAUUGUGGGCUGAAUUUAUGAAAGCAAAAUACUGUAGACACCUUCAUCCUUGUCAGGUAGAAAUCAAGGCAAUGGACUCCGCACUCUGGCGCAGGAUGGUCAAUGUGAGUCGACAAGUGGAAUUCUCUAUGCUAUGGAUUGCAAAAGACGGCGCUUGUCAUUUUUGGUACGACAAUUGGUUGGGGGGUGGUACUUUGUUCCACCAAGCGACCGUUGUCCCACAUUUGUCUUUUGCUAAUUUCAUCAUCAAUGGAAACUGGGAUGUAAAUUUGUUAUAUCAGAUACUACCGAGGGAAAUGGUGCCCUCUAUUUUAGAGCACCCGAUUCCAGAAGAAGGGGGUGAAUCUGAAGUCAUUUGGACGCUCACAACAUCUGGAAACUUCUCUAUAGCUUCGGCAUUUCGGGAUAUUAGGCAGGCCCGCAACAAGUCUAUGGUCUUUAAUACAAUUUGGCAUUCUCAGCUCCCUUUCAAAGUUUCAUUCUUCAUGCUACGAUUGUUGCUGGGGAGACUGCCGGUUCCAGAUCGGUUAUGUAAACUUGGUUUACAUUUACCCUCAAAGUGUUUUUGCUGUUCUUCGGCAUCUGAGGAAUCAAUUGAACAUUUCUUUUCUAAUGGCCAUAUAGCGUCGACAGUUUGGCACUAUUUUGGAGCUUCAUGUGGUUUGUCCUUUCCAGGGUCAUCUUUGAGGCCCCGUACAGUGGGUUGGUGGCUCAGCUCAUAUGAUUCUGAAAUACAACGAUUUAUUGGGCACAUUCUACCCAGCAUUGUCUGUUGGCAGAUUUGGAAAGCAAGGAAUAAAGCAAUGUUUGAGGAUGUUCAGAUGAGGCCGCUUGCCAUUUGUCGUGCCAUUUUCUCGGAAAUCCAGACCAUGGUGGGAAUUCAUUUCAAACAAGUGUUCAGAGUACAGUCAUUUCAUCAUUUGUAUGAUUGGUCGUAUUCUUCUCAUACUGAGGUUACAUACAAACUUGUUCGUUGGGAAGCAAAGGAAUCCGAUCGGUUCAUAUUAAAUACGGAUGGCUGUUCUAAGGGCAAUCCAGGAGUGAGUGGAGGCGGUGGGGUUCUUCGGGAUUCAAAUGGCAUACCUUUGAUUGGCUUUUCGGCAUAUCUUGGGGAAACUACAAGUCUAUGUGCAGAGGUUCAGGCACUCCUUAUUGGCCUUCAAACUUAUGUACAUAGGGGUUUUCAAAAUCUCUAUGUUCAAUCGGAUUCUUUAUUAUUAGUUGGAAUUCUUCAGAAUCGCAUUCAAUGCCCCUGGAAGAUUCGACGAGAGAUUAGGCAGAUUUGGCAGUUGGUGAAAGAUCCUGAUCGUUUUUCACAUUGCUAUAGGGAAGCUAACAAAGUUGCUGAUGCGCUGUCCAAUGUGGGCGUAUUUCAUCCAGAGCAUCAAGUCAAGCUUUACGAGGCCUUUAAUUCGUUCCCAACUAUGGCUCGUGGGGCCAUUCGACUUGAUAGAUUAGGAAUGCCUUCAAUUCGGAAAAGUAAGCGUAUGAAGGGCUGA